GAAAGCACAACAGCAAAAUGGUUUCGUUUCCAGUGAAGCCACUCUUCGUCGUCGUCUUGACCUUUUCUCUCCUCCUCGCCGUUAUUCUUCUAUCUCCGUCGCCUCAGUCCGUGAACACUCCAGCCUCGUCCGCUUCUUUGCUUGAUUUAGAUAUAUGGAGCGUCAAGAGGAUAGCAGAAUGGCGUCCUUGCAAAUGGUGGUUACAAGGACAUCUCACUCGUUUUUAGGACGUUUGUUCUUAUAUUGUGUUGAAAAGGGCAUUGUUUGUUGGUUGGCUGGAGGUUCUCUGUUUGAUUUUUUCUCAGUCAGAACUUUUGAUCAGCCUUCAUUGCAGACACCUGCUUUGGUUUUUUGUUCAGCUCUGCCCGAUGAAAGCAAUGGAUACAUCCGCAUUGAUUGCUAUGGCGGCCUCAAUCAGAUGAGACGCGAUUUCUGCGAUGGUGUUGGAAUCGCCCGUUUAUUAAAUGCCACACUUAUUCUGCCAAAGUUUGAGGUAGCUGCGUAUUGGAAUGAGUCAAGUGGAUUUGCAGAUGUGUUUGAUGUAGACUACUUCAUUCAAAAGAUGAGUGGCUUUAUCAAAGUUGUCAAGGAUCUGCCAACAGAUAUAGCAUCGAAAGAGCCAUUCAGAGUAGACUGUAGCAAGAGAAAAGGUCAGUUCGAUUACAGAGAAAGCAUCCUCCCACUAUUAUUGGAACAUCGUUACAUUUCUUUUACACCCGCAAUGAGCCAGCGCAGGGACAGGUAUCCCCAAUACGCAAAAGCCACGCUCUGUCAAGCUUGUUACUCCGCUCUACGCGUCACUAGCUCCUUGGAGAAGAAAGCCAUCGAGCUUUUAGAUGCCAUACCCAAACCUUUUUUGUCACUUCACCUUAGAUUUGAGCCUGACAUGGUAGCAUACAGCCGAUGUGAAUACCCAAACCUCUCUCUUUCCUCAGUUGCUGCCAUUGAAGCUGCUCAAGUAGACAAAAAGCCUUGGACAGGAGAGCUAGCUCAGAGCUGGAGAAAGCGAGGCAAAUGCCCUUUAACUCCUAACGAAACAGUUUUGGUGCUUCAGUCACUAAGAAUACCAACAAGCACAAACAUAUACUUAGCUGCUGGAGAUGGUCUGAUGGAAAUGGAAGGGUUUACAUCGGUUUAUACAAAAGUGUUCACAAAGUCUGCUCUGCUGAACCAUGAAGAUUUCACAAGAAUGCAUGGAAACACAAAAGCUGCAUUGGACUAUUAUGUUUCCAUCAACAGCGAUGCGUAUGUGGCAACUUAUUUUGGAAACAUGGAUAAGAUGGUUGCAGCAAUGCGAGCUUUUAAAGGGAUGCAUAAAACUCUGUUCUUGAGUAGGAAGGCAUUUGCAGAGCUAACUUCACAGGGACUUCAAGAGGAAAAGCUGAAAAAAGCUCUUUGGGAAGUUCAUAAGAAUGAUUUUGAAAUUGGCAGAGGAUCUGCAUUGCCUGGCUGUUUUUGUGAAUCCAAGCUGUAAUUCUCAGACACAAGUUACGUUUAUUUUGCAUUAAAGUCCUCAUAUUUUAAUUGUUACUAAAUCGCCCUACUAUUUUGGAAUCGG